AUGCCGCUGUCAAAGAUAUCGCAAUCGAGCCAGGUUGUGGUACAUGGCAGCACAUUGGAUGUGGUCGGUGGAAGCCGUCGUGCUACUGUCUUGAGAAUGCUUCAAGGCAUCUGGGGGCACAUCACAAUUCGUGCCCCGUGCAACCUUUUCGAUCCCACCGAUCCAAAAGUGGCGAGUCGGUUUCAUGCUAAGGACACAACAACCGGUGGUGCAGGCAUACUAUUUCAUGGUCGGCAGCAGGAGGCGUGGCACAUGGGCAAGCCGCUGUUCCGUUGUGCGGAGGAAUGGUGUGAUCUCCAAGACGAAGCGGUGCAAAGGAAUCUCGAGCCACUUGCGGCCCCGGUCACUAGCAUUGCAAGCAAGCCUUUGCAAACAUCUGCACCGGCCACGCAGGCAAGCAUCGCCGAAGCCGUUGCAACGGUGCCAUCACCUGCACGGGUCGACCUUCAUGGAGACGACGGUCAUACUGAACAAGGAAGCACAAAUUACAGAGUGGAAGCUCGGUCCUCGGUACUCCGAGCAGCAGCGCAUGGAGAUCCAUGCAACCUUGAGAAGAAGAAGCUUGUGCCAAGCAGCAGCCCAAUUGAAUCUCAAGAAGUUGGUGUCGCAUCUGCAACACAUGCAGGUAGUCGAGAUGCCACGGGCGGAUCUUCAAGCAAAGCGGUCAGCCCUGAGCAACCCGGUGUGGAUCCGAAAGCAGAGGUCGUGGGCCCACUGAUAUUGCGAGUAGGCAUGAUGGUCCUCAUGGCCGGUCCACACUUCAAGUUCCAGUACGGCGAGGUCAUGGAGAUCUCACCUGAAUCGCACAAAGCUGCGCCAAUCAAGGUGCAGUACGAUGCGCCUUUUCAGAAAGUUGCAUGGUUCGCGAUCGACGCUCUGCGAGUGCCUGACUACAGCUCGCUCUCAACGGGCAUGCCGGUGUCUGUGUCUUACAAUGAGAAGGUCUUCUAUGGCCUUAUCAUGCAGAUCUCCACCGAUGUCUCUAGAUCAAGGGCUCCGAUUCAGGUGCGAUACCAGGGCCACACGUCAGAUCACGACGAAUGGGUUGGAGCCGACCGGCUGCGCACAAAACGCCUCCAGUACGUUCAGCCCAAGCUCCUUGACUCGCAGCUGGUAUCGCCAACCCUGCCAACAUGCGAUGAUGCUGAAGAGUGCGAAGAAGCUAGGGAUGUGAUGCCUAGCAGGGGCACCUUUGUGUGUUGCAUGUGGCUGCGGGGCCACUGCCAUCAGGAGAGCGAGCAUUGGUCUGCAGGCCGACAGUUUUUGCAUGAAGAUGUGCCUGGAAUGCUUUGCGGCUUUGGCGCUAGGUGCACGUACCGGCACUACAUGCGCCGGGAAGCACUGAGCGCAGCGGCCACGGACGGUUCGUCCAGCAUAGCAGCCCGUGAGCAGUCCCGUCAGGAGCCGGAAUUGGGGAUCGCGGAUCCCUUGGUGCUACGAGUAGGCAUGAUGGUUUUCAUGACCAGUCAACCAUCCAAGUACGGCGAGGUCAUCGAGAUCUUACCUGAAACACGCAAUGCUGCACCAAUCAAGGUGCAGUACGGCUUGCCAUUUCAGACUGUCGCAUGGUGUGCAGUUGACGAUCUGCAGGUGCCUGACUACACUUCACUCUCAACGGGAAUGGCGGUGUCUGUGUGUUGCAAGGACGAGGGGGUCUUCUUUUGCAAGAUCAUGCAGAUCUCUACCAAGGCUUCAAGAUCAAGGGCUCCGAUUCAGGUGCGAUACCAGGGUCACACGUCAGAAAACGAUGAAUGGGUUGGAGCCGACCGGUUGCGCACAAAAAGCCUCCAGUACGUUCAGCCCAAGUUUCCAGACUCGCAGCUGACAUGGCAGCCCAUACCACAAAGCAAAGAUGCUGAAGAGUGCCAAGAAAUUUGUGAUGCGUUGCCUAGCAGGGACACCUUCGAGCAACAACCGAACAUGGAGUCGGAGUUGGGGAUUACAGAUCCAACAGUGUUGCGUGCAGGCACGAUUGUCCUCAUACGCUUCAAGAACAAGUGCCAAUACGGCGAGGUCAUGGAGAUCUCACCUGAAUCGCACAAAGCUGCGCCAAUCAAGGUGCAGUACGAUGCGCCUUUUCAGAAAGUUGCAUGGUUCGCGAUCGACGCUCUGCGAGUGCCUGACUACAGCUCGCUCUCAACGGGCAUGCCGGUGUCUGUGUCUUACAAUGAGAAGGUCUUCUAUGGCCUUAUCAUGCAGAUCUCCACCGAUGUCUCUAGAUCAAGGGCUCCGAUUCAGGUGCGAUACCAGGGCCACACGUCAGAUCACGACGAAUGGGUUGGAGCCGACCGGCUGCGCACAAAAAGCCUCCAGUACGUUCAGCCCAAGCUCCUUGACUCGCAGCUGGUAUCGCCAACCCUGCCAACAUGCGAUGAUGCUGAAGAGCGCGAAGAAGCUAGGGAUGUGAUGCCUAGCAGGGGCACCUUUGUGUGUUGCAUGUGGCUGCGGGGCCACUGCCAUCAGGAGAGCGAGCAUUGGUCUGCAGGCCGACAGUUUUUGCAUGAAGAUGUGCCUGGAAUGCUUUGCGGCUUUGGCGCUAGGUGCACGUACCGGCACUACAUGCGCCGGGAAGCACUGAGCGCAGCGGCCACGGACGGUUCGUCCAGCAUAGCAGCCCGUGAGCAGUCUCGUCAGGAGCCGGAAUUGGGGAUCGCGGAUCCCUUGGUGCUACGAGUAGGCAUGAUGGUUUUCAUGACCAGUCAACCAUCCAAGUACGGCGAGGUCAUCGAGAUCUUACCUGAAACACGCAAUGCUGCACCAAUCAAGGUGCAGUACGGCUUGCCAUUUCAGACUGUCGCAUGGUGUGCAGUUGACGAUCUGCAGGUGCCUGACUACACUUCACUCUCAACGGGAAUGGCGGUGUCUGUGUGUUGCAAGGACGAGGGGGUCUUCUUUUGCAAGAUCAUGCAGAUCUCUACCGAGGCUUCAAGAUCAAGGGCUCCGAUUCAGGUGCGAUACCAGGGCCACACGUCAGAAAACGAUGAAUGGGUUGGAGCCGACCGGUUGCGCACAAAAAGCCUCCAGUACGUUCAGCCCAAGUUUCCAGACUCGCAGCUGACAUGGCAGCCCAUACCACAAAGCAAAGAUGCUGAAGAGUGCCAAGAAAUUUGUGAUGCGUUGCCUAGCAGGGACACCUUCGAGCAACAACCGAACAUGGAGUCGGAGUUGGGGAGUACAGAUCCAACAGUGUUGUGUGUAGGCACGAUUGUCCUCAUACGCUUCAAGAACAAGUUCCAAUACGGCGAGGUCAUGGAGAUCUCACCUGACUCGCACAAAGCUGCACCAAUCAAGGUGCAGUACGAUGCGCCUUUUCAGAAAGUUGCAUGGUUCGCGAUCGACUCUCUGCGAGUGCCUGACUACAGCUCGCUCUCAACGGGCAUGCCGGUGUCCGUGUCUUACAAUGAGAAGGUGUUCUAUGGCCUUAUCAUGCAAAUCUCCGCCGAUGUCUCUAGAUCAAGGGCUCCGAUUCAGGUGCGGUACCAGGGCCACACGUCAGACGACGACGAAUGGGUUGGAGCCGACCGGCUGCGCACAAAAAGCCUCAAAUACGUGCAGCCCAAGUUCCCAGACGCACAGUGGCUUCCGGCUCCGAGCAGUUGCUUUCGUGCACCACCUGGCCUGGACUCGAUAUGGUCCGAUGUCAGCGCGCCAUCUUUCAAUUGUUCAAGUCCUGAUUCCGUCGGAGGGGGUGCUGCUUCAGGGAGCACCCAGCGCCCGAGUGCUGCUGACCCGACUUCGGCACAGCCGUUGUCCAGCAUCCCGCCAUCAGGUGCACCAUUGCCGUGGAACGAACCGGAAUCUGAAGACGACGAGGACGCUGCAACCAAGCUGGAUUUGGCCCUCACAGCCGUGAGCGAAGCCUUGCGGUGCCGGGGACUGCAUGCCCCGUGGCAAGUGACCCUUGAAGAGGCACUCCGCCCUUCCGCAGCAUCGCCCUUAGUUGCCAGUGUUCUGGCCCACUUUGGGUGGAUGCAAACAAACUUUUCCUCUGAGCCAGAAAUCCAGCAGUUGCAUGAUCAUUUGGUAAAGCUGCGAUCUGACUUAUUUGAGGCUGCCUCAAGUUGUUGCGCUGAAUCGGGUUCAGAUACUGGCGAACCUGUGGGACUGACAGAAGCACUGGUUCAUGAUGGCGCCUCCAGCUGUGCCAUGCAAGCAGGCAGCCUACAUGAGCUGCUUGAAGCGCAGCCCAAUAACAUCGACAAGCUAGAAGGGACAUUGAUUUGUGGAACCUUUCGCUGCGUUGGAGCUAGCUCAGAAGGCAAGCUGAAGCACUGCGGUGAGGUCAUUGUGGAGCGAGGCCCAGCACCGAUGAUCGGCUGCAGGGUCCGGAUUCCUGCAGGUAGGAGCCGUGGAAAUGCCUGGGAUUGCGAUUGCUGCUACGUGCGGAUCCUUGGCCUCAUGUUUCCCGCAGAUGGCGCAGCACACAGGAUGCAGGAGACCUUCAGCGCAGACGAUUUUCGCAGGACUGAGCUCUAUGGCCGCAUUGUGCUCUGCAGGGAGUCGGGCGUUCCCCGGCAGAAGCUCUUUGUUUGUUCCAAGUCCAAGAAGACCAACCACGAAAGAUACGUGGCUUUCAAGGCCAUCAAUGGAAAGCUGCCUCCCAUUCAGGUGCCUUGGCCAAAGGGCACAACACCUGCGAGCAUAUCCGACUUGCACGUAGUGGAGGUCCGAAGCUGGGAUGGCGACCGCCCGCCAACGGGAAAGUACGUGAAGAGCUUGAAGAUGCACACGCGCGACUCUGAUGCUGCUAUCCUCGAGCCUGUGCAGAUUUCCAUGAACUUCUGCGAUUGGGAGCAGAAGACUCUAUUGCCCGCUGAGGGUUUCCCAAGGCCUGAUCUGUCCUCACGCAUGCGCUUUUGCAAUUCCAGCCCGGUGGUUGGCAUACAGCACAAAAGCUUGCCGACGAGCGUGGUGGUGUCCUGCAUGCCGGAUACAAGCCUGCAUGUCCAUGUCCUGGAUAUCAAUGCUUACAUUGACAGCCCUGAGCUCCAGCACAUCCACAAGCUUGCUCAACGACGCGCAGUUGGCGUAUGGUUCAUGGACCAUGAGGACAUGCCCUUAGAUGCCAGCCUGCCCUUCUUUCCCCCAGAGAUGGAGAAGCAGCUGACUUUCACGGAGGGCUGUGAGCGCGCUGCCGUGACUUUCACCUUCCCCCUUACAAAGCACCAGGUAGUCGACAUGCAAAACGUGCAAAUCUCGGAGACCAUCGUGCGAUGUGAUUCGCUUUUGAGCCCUGCAGAUGCCGGUCGCUUGAUCCUGGAGGAAGCAGACGGAGACGCUAUCGGCAGGACGCUUCGUCUUGUAGCACGCCUUGCUAAGAAGUUUGAGGAUGCAGAGGUUGCCAGAGAGAGCCUUGCGGUGUUCGAGCAUCUCGACAUCAAUUUCAGUCGCAAGGCAUGUAGCAGUACUCUCUUUGCACAACUCGUCAGCUCUCGGACCAUGCGAACUCUCACGUACAUGGUUGACCGGCAUGUUGGCAGCCUCUUGAUGGGGCAAUCUUGGUCUGAACUGCUCGUCGGUGAUACGCAGCCAUCGUCUGCACUGUCGGUGACGUAUUCCCACAGCCAACCUGACCCAUCCACUUGGAAAGUCAUGGAGCGUUUGCUCCGCCUUAGGCCGGCAGAAGGUCAACGAAACCUGACGGUAAGGGAUGCCGUGCAGUCCUUGAGAGAAAUCCUGGAGCAGCCUGGAAUUUCCGAAUUGCAACAGCAUUGCUUCCAGUCGUCCUUCAUUCGUCGACUGCGGAAUUGUUUUCCUCAGGCCUACUAUGAAGUCCAUCCGGUGUCAGAAAAGCGUGCUGAGGCUUCGAACUGCAGCUUCUUUCGCCACGAACCGAUUUUUCCUGUGACAGCUCCGCUGCAGCGCAAUCUUGACAUCCUCGGCAUGCGAGCGUUGAAGUGCCAUCUCGGCCUAGCACGCCCAUUGGAUCACAUGCUUCUCACCAAGUCAGAGCUGCAUGAGGCGGUUGCUCGAUCAAAUGCCAGGACAAGUGCGAAGAACUUCGGACUGCACAUUUUCAGGGUCAUUUCCUGGAUGAAAGAGCUAGUGCCUGGACGUCGUGUCUCGGAUGCCUUGAUCGGAGCUGUUGGACCGAGCUACAUCAACGUUCUGAUUCCUUCGCCCUGUGCCAAUAUCCUCGAGCUCAAGGUGCCAGUGGCAGCUCUGUGCGGCGACACCUGUGCUUCAGACUAUGAUGUAGCCACACAGUCCAUAAGGCUGGCAGGCGGAGCAUCGCCCAUGGAGCCUGGUCUUGCAAUUCGCACGUGGUAUUUCCCGCCUAUGGUGUGCACUAUAGCAAGGAACUGUGCGCAGCCCAUUCCCCAUCAUGCCGCUGCUAACUCAGUCCUGGUUUCUGAGAUGAUCUUUGAGGAAAAGCAGGGCACCACCGCAUCGCUCUCCUUCCCUGUAGGCCACAGAAUGUUCCCCGAGAUGUUCUCGUCAUGUCCUGAUCUCACCGAGUGGGCAUUGAUGGAUCGCCGCUUGGAGAAGUAUUCGGAGCUUUGGGCCCGAGUUCGGACAUGCCAAGUCCACGCAGGAGCAGUCAACAGUUCUUUGUACACUCAAUCUGCCAGAGUGCAUGCCCCGAAGUGGCACGCAGCAGAUGCAACAUGGUAUCUCCAGUGCAAAGUGGAGAUUGCUCUCGCUGAACAUCAAUGGCUGCAUGACGAAGAUCUGGCUGUUCUGAGCUGUCAACAAGCAGAUCGUAUUUUGGAGCUACGCGGUGUCGUUUCUCAGACACGCUUCACCGGGAAACGCAUGACUCAUGGUGAGUCUGUGCAGGCGUUCAGCAUCGAGAUAAAGCUUUCCCAAGCCUGUCAUGGACUCAGGGAGACGCAGGCAGAUUUCAUCCUUGCUGGCGCCACCCUUUCAGUCUGCUUCAUCGCGGUGGCCCGGAACGAGAAGAAGAGCAUUCGCAUGCUCAAGGCGCUCCCCCAAACGCUCCCACUUCAAGGCAUGCCCCUCACUUCGACCCGAACGGCUUUGCAGCAGAAACGAGACUUGGAGAUGAGACCCUUGCUCACGAAGGCCCAAGUGAACCUGGCCUUGGACAAGCCAGAAUACCAGGUUGAGGGCUGCAAGGGCCUCAAUGACAAGCAGCUGCUAGCAUUGAAGCGCGGAUUGCAGAUGCAUUUUACCAUGGUCCAAGGCCCGCCUGGCACUGGCAAGACCUCUUUGCUUCAGCAACUCAUCUUGGCCGCUGUUUCUGCCAUGCCUGGCAGACAUGGCAGACAACCCAAAGACCGUGAUCGUAUUCUCGUUUGUGCGCCGUCGAAUCAGGCUGCUGACCACCUUCUGGAUAGAUUGGUCCGAGACACGACCAUUCCAGCCCACUAUGUCACCCGCGUGUACUCAAGGUCCAUUGAGCAAGAGAAUGGAAGCACCUACAGCACUCGCAAUUCCGGAAGCGAGCGCAGAUUCGACAUUCAGAAUCACCUGGAAGAGCAUGCGCUGCACUACAAAGUGAGCCAGUUUCUCCAUUCAUCCUCCAGGCAGUCUGAGGGCAUGGACCAGAAGGCUCUCAAUCGGGCAUAUGAGAUGGCGGAGGAGAAAGUCUUGAAACAAAGCUACAUCGUGAUCACGACCUGUGCCAACUCCUACCUUCACACGUCGCUUAGCCAUGGUGAUGGGGUCCGUCCUGUCUCUUUCCACACGGCAGUCAUUGAUGAGGCCGCACAGGCGAGCGAGCCUGAUGUGGUGCUUGCUGCAACACUCGCCGCUCACCGCAUCGUCGUGGUUGGAGAUCAUCAACAGCUAGGCCCGGUGGUACCUGAACGUAACCUUUGUGCUGCCUAUGUCAUGGCCUUGGAGACCCCGUUCCUGGAGCGCAUGGUGCAGAAUCCUCGGCGCCUUCGGCUCAGCACCAUGCUGGAUGUGCAAUACCGUAUGCAUCCCUCUAUCCGCAGCUUCCCAUCUACGCAGUUCUAUGAAUCGAAGCUCCUCGAUGGAGUUUCUAUGCCCUUUAGGCCAAAGCUGCGGUGUCUCUGGCCACAGGAGAAGGAGCAUCGCCUCUUUAUCGAUUGCCGGAGCCCCCAGUCUAAGGACAGAAAUCCGGCGGCUCAGUCUGCACAAAGUCUGACUUCCUUGAAAAACUCCGGUGAGGCAGAGGUUGUUGCUCUUGUUUGCAGGGCGCUGCUUGAACAAGGUUGUUCAGGAAUGGACAUUGCAGUCCUUACCCCAUACACAUCCCAGCAACAUGAAAUCCGUGCACAGCUGGAAUGUGCCGUGGGAAGAGGCAGGGCUUCAAGCAUCCUGGUGGGAACAGUGCAUGCUUUACAGGGCUCAGAGCGGGAGUACAUCAUCCUUAGUUUCGUUCGAAGUGUCUCUGAAGAGAUGCAAGAUGUUACCCGCUCCACGGAAGCUUUCUCAAAGGGAGACUCUGCGGCGUUGCGUGAACUGCGCGCACAGAACAUCGGCAUAGUGUCAAACCGAAAGCUCCUGAAUGUGGCCCUGACACGCGCAAAGUAUGGCCUCGUUUGCAUUGGCAACGCAGAGGUGCUCAGCAGCGGAUCCAAAGACUUCCUGGAUAUGAUCACGAGCCUUGACGGUUGCAGAUGCCUGGUUGAUCGACAAAGUUUUCUGAAGAGGCUGCGAGAAAGCCGCUGGCCAAAGUCCAAAAGCAGAGGAAGUCCUCCCACCGCCACUGCAUUGGCAACGAUUCGGCCAGAGGAUUCUGCUUCACAGGUUGGACUCCGUAUCUCGCCUUCAAGGGAUGCUGGAACUGAAUGUUCUGUGCUUUCUGUAUCGAGUUCCAUCUCUGUCGUCUCGGAAGCUGGUGGGGGACCCAAAUGCUUUCUGCGUGGUACCCUGUUGCCGGCUGCAAGUGGGAUGCAUGUUCCUGUUGAGUCCAUCGAUACUGGUACACGAAUCAGCGCCGCAGGCAGCAAUGACUUAUUGCAGGUGGCUGACGUGCAGGUUCAUCGUGAUGAGUUUGACCUAGUCGAUAUACAGACUCAGUUCGCAUGGAUUUUGGUGACCUCAACGCAUCGGAUUGUCAUGGAGUGUGGCGAGAGGAGGCAAGCCAGUCGAGUAAACGAAGGUGACAUUGUGCAAACGAGCGGUGGUGGUGCUCCCGUCAUGUACGUUCACCGGUAUUCAGCUCGUGUCGACGUCUUCCAAGUGGUGUUCCAUCCAGACCAGCCGGUUGAGGCCAUUUGGCCUUCCCCGCACCAGAUCUGGACAUGUGGCCAUCCUCCCACACAAGCUGCUCCACCUGGUGGGAAGGCCUUUGGCAAGGGAAGAGACGAUCGCCACCGGGCCACUCGACGCUCCGGCCAAAAUAGACGUCCAGGAUUCCGGAAUGAACCAGGCACCUCCUCAGGGGGAACGCGAGAUGGAACAAGCCGCACAGACAGCUAUCAAGGAGAUGCAGUCAGUGUUGCAGAGACCUUUGAUCAGUUCGAA